AUGUCUCCCACCAAAUCCUCCCUCACAACCUCGAACCCUCUCAACGAGCGUUCUCCAAACACUUCCUCACCCACCAAAUCAAAAUCAGCAGGAAAGAUGGAUGAAACAUUCAUACCGCGAUUCGAGCAUCAUGCGGCGCCGAAACAGAUGGUCAACCCAAGUCAGAAUCAGAAUCGAACCUAUAUUUCCCCUUCAGAUGCCAUCACGAGUCCGACGACGAAGAAACUAAGCGAGAUCAAGGGACGAAGAUUUAUGAACACCAAACCACAGACUCUCUUCGCAAAGACGCUUGCAAAGGAGAUUUCCAAACCACAGCCUCCUCCUCCCGAUCGGACCAAAGUCAAAUCCGAGUUUAAGAGCAGAAUAGCGGGCCAACAUGUGCAGCGUUAG